AUGGCAAGAUUACUUGCUAAAGAAAGAAGAAAAAUGCGCAAGCUUUAUCUAGAUAGCAAACGAUCGAAUUCAAAGAAACAAAGUACUGGUCCAUUUAGUAGAGGAUGCUCAAAAGUCGUUAAUCGAUCUCAGGUCAUUGACAAAGAGAAUUAUAAUCCAAAUAUUCCUUCAUCAUCUAAUAAUUUUCACACAGUGCGGAACUUGAAAUAUGUAACCACUACAGCAUCAUCAAGUACCAUAACGACCGGUGGUCUUACUUUGAAUAACCAAUUGAACCCUUCUACAAGUUCUCGGUUUUCUAUUGUUUCAAACAUUGUUACACAAAACAGUAACUCCAUUGGUCAAUCUUCCUCAACGUUAACAAAGCUCAAUUCAGGUAAACAAAAGCUUUUACCUAAGAAACGCCGUAUUGAUCCUAUUCCAAUGUUAGAUCUUACUUCUGAUGAUGAGAAUGUAGACUUUGUUCCCAUUCAAGACCCUUCUAAGGGUGUCUCGACAGAUUAUUUGGAUCAUGGUAAUCAAAGCCUUAAAUGUGAGAUGUGUGAUUCAUUGCUAUGGACUGACGAAGGUGGUAAAGGGAGAAUUACAUUGGGUAAGUUAACCUAUAGCUUAUGUUGUGGUUAUGGAAAAGUGGAGCUUCCGGAUUUGAAAGAGCCUUCUUCAAUAUACAAGGAUCCAUUUGCAAAUUCUAAUGAAAACAGCAAGUAUUUUCUAAAGAAUAUCCGUCGAUAUAAUUCUAUGUUCGCCUUCACAUCCAUGGGUGGAAAAGUAGAUUCGAGCAUCAAUAGUGGUAGGGCACCAUAUGUAUUUCGUAUAAGUGGACAGAAUUUUCAUUCAUUAGGUGGUUUGGUACCUGGACCUGGAAAACAGCCAAAGUUCUCCCAGCUUUAUAUUUAUGACACUGAGAAUGAAGUUUCAAAUCGAAAUAAGUUGUUCAGUGACUCCACAAAUAAGUCCGACUUGCAUUUAAAGCAAAUAGAUCUUCAUCUCAUAAAAGAUCUUGAUGGUCGUACUUACAACUUGCCUUCAUCUUCUGAAGUUGCUGCAUUGAUUGUUGGUGGUAUCCAAGAAAUAGUUGACCAUCGUGAUAUUGUUGUUGAGUCUCACACUGAAGCUCUUCAACGAAUAAGUGAACUUCAUCCAUCAUAUCUUGCACUUCGGUAUCCAAUUCUUUUUCCCAAUGGUGAUGACGGAUAUAGAAUAGACAUUCCUCAUAGGGAUGGUAUAAGUACUUUAAAGAAAAUUCGUCCCAAGUGUACAAUGAGAGAAUUCUUUGCUUAUAGAAUCCAAGAUCGAUCAACUUCAUUUUCGCUAAUAUUAAAUGCUCGCAGAUUGUUCCAGCAAUUUUUGGUUGAUGCAUAUACCAUGAUCGAGAGUGAAAGACUUAAUUAUAUCCGUUUUCAACAGAAACAUCUUAGGUCUGAAACAUACACAAAUCUUCAGAAAUUUAAGAAUGAAGGAAAAGAGGAUCUAUCUAAUACUGGGGUACGGUUAGUACUACCAUCAUCUUUUACUGGUGGUUCUCGGUAUAUGCAGCAAAACUAUCUAGAUGCUAUGGCUAUAUGCAAAUGGUUUGGAUAUCCUGAUUUUUUCAUUACGGUGACAUGUAAUCCUAAGUGGCCAGAGAUUAUCCGAUACCUUCGAAAUACUUCUAUUAAGCAAGCGGACAGACUAGAUAUUAUGUGUCGUUUGUUUAAGAUGAAACUGGAUUCAAUUAUAAAGGAUUUGAAGGACAAGAAAGUGUUUGGAGCACUAAGUGCAGCGGUUUAUACUGUUGAAUUUCAAAAACGUGGAUUGCCACAUGCUCACAUUUGUAUAUUUUUGAAACCUGAAUCCAAGCUUCUCUCUGUUGAUCAUGUAGACAAAUUCAUUUCUGCUGAGAUACCAGAUAAGAUUGAAGAUCCCGCUCUUUAUGCUCUUGUAUCCGAAUUUAUGAUGCAUGGUCCAUGUGGAAAUGCAAAUCCCAAUUGUCCUUGUAUGGUUGAUAAUAGAUGUUCAAAAAAAUUUCCAAAAAAAUUCAUUAAUGAAACAAUUACCGAUGCUGAAGGUUUCCCUGUAUACAGAAGAAGAGAUAAUGGAAACACCAUUAUCAAGUCCAAAGUUCAAUUAGACAACAGAAGUGUCGUUCCAUAUAAUCCGCUUCUUUUGAAAAGAUACCAAGCUCACAUUAAUGUAGAAUGGUGCAAUCAAGCGGGUUCUAUCAAAUAUUUGUUUAAGUACAUUAAUAAAGGUCCAGACAAAGCAUCGCUUGUGGUGUCAAAUGGAGACGGUACAGAUAACGAACAAACAGCAAAGGAUGAGAUCAAAGCUUAUUAUGAUUGUAGGUACGUUUCCGCUUGUGAAGCUUCUUGGAGAAUAUUUGCAAAUGAAGUUCACUAUAGGUUUCCUCCAGUUAUGAGACUUCCUUUUCAUAUGGAAGGUCAACAAAAUGUUGUGUUUGGUGCCGAAGACGAAAUUGAAGAAGUGUUGGACAAGCCAUCAGUCUCUUCAUCCAUUUUUUUAAAGUGGAUGGAGAUGAACAGAAAUAAUGAAGAAGCACGGAAACUUACGUAUGUUGAGUUUCCUACAAAAUUCUGUUGGAAACUAAAAGAUAGAGAUUGGGCAGAACGUAAAAGAAAAUUAUUACAGAUUGGACGCAUUCAUUCUGUUUCCCCUGCUUUGGGUGAACCAUAUUUUCUUAGAAUUCUUUUAAACAAAGUCAAAGGACCAAGAUCCUUUGAAGAAAUUAGAACUGUUGAUGGACAGUUGUUUCCAACCUUCAGGGAUCCAUGUUAUGCUAUGGGUUUGUUAGACGAUGACAUGGAAUACAUUGAAGCUAUUAAAGAAGCGAGUUUUACGGGAGAUGGUCGUUAUAUUCGUGCAUUGUUUGUUACUUUGCUCUUGUCAAACACAUUAUCAAGACCUGAAUUUGUUUUCGAACAAACAUGGAAAUACUUGGGGGAUGACAUUUUAUACAAUAGGAGAAAAGAAACAAAGAACAGAGAUCUUGUAAUGUCAGAUGAGAGAUUGAAGAACAAGACAUUGGUGGAGAUUGAGAAGUACCUCAUUCGAAAUGGGUCGUCUUUGACACGAUGGAAAACAAUUCCUUAUCCUGAUUACGAUUCCUUUGCUGUUGGAAACAAUCGUCUGGUUGACGAAGAACUGUCUUUUAAUGUUCCUCAGGUACAGAGCGAGUUAGAUAGUCUAAAAUCUUCAUUGACUGACGAACAACUAUCUGUUUAUAAUCAGAUUAUGACAGCCGUUGAAGGCGACAAAGGAGGUGUAUUUUUUGUUUACGGAUAUGGAGGAACGGGGAAGACGUUUUUGUGGAAGACGUUAGCCUUAUCCGUUAGGUCUAGAGAGCAGAUUGUUCUAAAUGUGGCUUCAAGUGGUAUUGCUUCACUUCUAAUGUCAAGAGGUAGAACGGCUCAUUCUAGAUUUCACAUCCCCAUAAAUUUAGAUGAGAGUUCUAUGUGUCACAUAAGGCCCGAUGGUGAUGUAGCUUAUCUGCUUAAGCAAACUAGGUUGAUUAUAUGGGACGAAGCACCCAUGGUACAUAGACAUGCGUUUGAAGCUUUAGAUAGAACAUUUAAAGAUAUUUUGGUCGAUAAAAGCAAUCGUCAGUCGGAUGUUUUGUUUGGAGGUAAAGUUAUCGUGUUUGGUGGUGAUUUUAGACAAAUUCUUCGUGUUAUUCCAAACGGAAGUAGGCAAGAAAUUGUUAACGCUUCGUUGAGUUCAUCCUAUAUAUGGCCCCAUUGCAAGUUACUUACUUUGACCAAAAACAUGAGAUUGACUGUUGGUGUUUUACCAUCUACAGUCGAGGAGACUAAGAGAUUUGCCGAAUGGCUUCUUGAUAUUGGUGAGGGUAAAGUUGGAGGGGACAAUGAUGGUGUAGCAACUGUAGAAAUACCCUCUGAUUUGUUAAUCACAGAUUCUUUGGAUCCCAUCGAAAGUUUGAUUCAAUUUGUAUAUCCAUCUGUUCUUGAAAGAUAUAAGGAUCGAGAUUAUUUUUCUGAAAGGGCGAUUCUGACACCAAAAAACGAGGUGGUACAUGAAAUAAAUGAUCGACUACUAGAAUUGUUUCCUGGUGAACAAACAGAGUACCUGAGUUCUGAUAGUAUAUGUGCGACGGAGAAAGGUAUCGAUUCAUUCCAACAAGAGUUGUAUUCACCUGAUGUCCUUAAUGGUUUAAAGAUAUCUGGUUUACCUAAUCAUCGUUUGGUUUUAAAACCUGGAGUUCCAAUUAUGCUUCUUAGGAACAUUGAUCAGCAAAAUGGUCUGUGUAAUGGUACAAGGUUACAGGUUACAUUUCUUGGAAAGAGGGUUAUAGAAGCUGAAAUUAUAUCAGGUGCUAAUGUCGGAACCAGAACAUUCAUACCAAGAAUUAGCAUGAUUCCCUCCGACAAAAAGAUUCCUUUUGCUUUUCAAAGACGACAGUUUCCUGUUGCUGUGUGUUUUGCUAUGACGAUCAACAAGAGUCAAGGCCAAUCUUUAUCUAAGGUUGGAUUGUUUUUAAAAGAGCCCGUUUUUACACAUGGCCAGCUAUAUGUAGCAUUAUCAAGAGUUAAAUCAAGGGAAGGUGUGAAGAUGUUAAUUCUCGAUAAGGAUGGCAAACCUACCAAUACAACAACUAAUGUGGUUUACAAAGAAGUGUUCACACACUUAUGA